GCCAUAACCCAACGACUGACAGGAAAGGGUCCAAACACUGCGCUAUUUGCAGGAUGGAACGGAUACAUAUCUGCGCACCAUAAGAACCUCAACAGACCUCUCCCUCGCCAUUAAAUCCGCGCCCUAGACUCGGUUCUACUCGUCCAAGUCGCGGUCUGUUCUACAACAUACAAACGGCCCCUUCAGAUCUUUGUUCCACCGAGCCUCUCGAAAGAUUGGAGAUUGGAAAAAACCAAGCAUCUUCUGCGAACCAAAAUCGAAGGAUCAAUUCCUACCUUAUUCCUACCCUCCCUCAUCGAACCAUAUCCCAGCCUCGACAUCCCUCACCAUGGCUGGCCCUCUGCAAUCGAUCGAAGCCCCAGGAACACCGUUUGCAGGAGAGGAGCUCUAUCAGCAGCGGGUGGAGGUUGCGACACUGUUAGACCGGAAGAAUCUGAGUUUUCCAGGAGCACAGCCUGUGAGCUUUUCCCGGCGGCAUCUAGAAGAGCUCAUGCGCGAAGAGUAUGCUGAACCACUUUCUUUUAUGCAAUGAUGCCAUGAGAGCUAACUGUCUUUGAAAGCUACUACGUCUGCGAGAAAUCUGAUGGCAUGCGAUAUCUCCUGUACCUGACCGAAGACCCCAACGGACAAGAAGCACAAUUCCUGAUCGACCGAAGAAACGACUUCUGGUUGAUCCCAACAAGCGGGCUGCAUUUUCCUAUACCAAAGAAUGUGCAAGAGUUUCAUAGGAAAACCCUCAUUGAUGGCGAAUUGGUGUUUGAUAAGCUUCCGAAUGGCCAGAUGCAACCAAAAUACUUGGUAUUUGACUGUCUGAUCCUGGAUGGAAACAGUUUGAUGAGUCGAACUCUGGAUAAAAGACUGGCCUAUUUCAAAGAAAGAAUUAUGACUCCUUAUGAAGCUCUUCUCAAAGAAUAUCCCGAGGUUGGUGGCUGAAUUUCCGACACAUUUGGCGUGAAAUUGACGUUUUCUUAGGAGAAACAGUUCCAGCAUUUCAUAAUGGAGAUGAAAGCAAUGCAACUCAGCUAUGCCAUUGAGUUCAUGUUUACCAAAGUUCUCCCAGAAUUGCCGCAUGGAAAUGAUGGGUUAAUAUUCACGUGUCGAACCAGCGAAUACAAGCAUGGGACCGAUCAACACAUCUUAAAAUGGAAACCAGAAUUAGAGAAUAGUAUAGAUUUCCGAUUACGUCUCGAAUUUAACUUGGUCCAGCCGGAUGAACAAGAUAUCGCAGAUGGGAUUACAAAACCAUAUUUCGACUAUGAGAAUGAACCAAUAUUCAAUCUUCACAUGUAUGCGGGGGAUGGAAGAGAAGACCCUUGGUAUGCCACAUUAUUUCUCGAACCAGGGGAGUGGGAGAAAUUGAAAGCGCUACAAGAACCUCUGGAUGAUAGGAUCGUUGAAUGUUUCAUGGACACCCAGAAACGUUGGCGAUAUAUGCGAUUCCGGGAUGACAAGGAGAAUGCGAAUCAUACGAGCACAGUAGAAAGUGUGAUUGAGAGCAUUACGGAUCGCGUCACUAAACAAGACCUGAUUAACGCUUCGCAGGCAAUCCGAACGGAGUGGAAAUCUCGAGAAAGAAAAGAAGUCGAGCGGAGGCGCGUUGCUACUGAGGGAGUUACCAACGGUUCGAAUAGCUUGGGGAUAAAACGAAAGGCUGACGAACAAGCACUCGGAAGACCAAGUCCUGGGCCGCCCGCGGAAAGAAAACUUUAGCGGAUGGAGGUUACGCUGUCUUGUCAGGUGGCGGCCAAAACAUGUAUAAUUGGGCUAUUUCUCUGCAGAAUGGCAUAUGAGAAUGGCUAGGGAGCACGAUCAAAAAGGAAUAUCGCAUGGGUUUGGCUUACUUUGCGAGGCGUCUGGUUUUUUUCUUCUUCUCAAUCUUUCUUCAUUAAGGGAGGCUUUCUAAUAUCAUGGUGGCACACAAACAUGGUCCGGGUGACUACGAUAUGUUACGGUGGCGCAUGGUUGGCAAAAGAUGAUUACUUUUCAUAGGCUUGCCCUCGAGGCAUCAUACUUAAUCUUCUUUCCUAUGGAGUGGCUUACUUUAGUUGGGGUCUCAGACCUCUUUUUUAGAAGGAUGGAUUGGUGUCUUUGCUUGGAAUUUGGGUCUUGGACUGGAUGGCUGGAUAGGCGCAGCAUGGAGUUUUUUGCAUUUGGUGAUAAGUUCAAGUAAGAGCCAUUAUUUACUGUAUUAGGUAUAAGUAUUAGGGCGAACUUUCUGAGGAGAAGAGAAAAAAGUGAAAUCAUCCUACUUGAAGUUCACGUUUGGUUUGGGCCUCAAUAGGAAUUAUGUACUCAUCAUUUCAUUUCUUGCUAUUCAUGGCAGGAACUAAGGCUUGUCUAUGUAUUGACAUCUGACUCUACAAACCAUGUCUG